UACAUAACUUCUUACUAUUCCAUGACCGGCACGUACGGCGUUACAGUUGUAUCAACAGACAAUAACAAAAAACCAAAUAUGAGGAGCUUCAUCAUCAUCACAGUUCUGUCUGCACUCGUAGCCUGCUAUAGUGCUUCUGUAUUACCGAGCGAGGAGGAGAUGAUCACUGUCAUAUACGAUGAAAACUUUCCAAAUGGAACUAUUGUUUCUAAAGAAGAACUUGAUUCCAGAUUCACCAGAUCAGGACUAGUAUCUUCAUGGGUAUGCACGGUGCCGGCGAUCUCAAGACAGUCACAGGUUAUCACUCUGCAAUAUCUCGGCGAUUCGCGUGAUUUGGUAAGAAGAGUCGUUCACAGUUAUACUGGAAGCCCUACGAUGACUCAUAGUCCACUUAUUACCAAUAACAUGUUUGUAACAAUUACAUCGCGAACCGGUCAAGAAAUAAACUCAAGAGUUGAGCUAUAUUUAUAUUAAGAAUAAAUAUUUCUGUAAGCUUUAAUUAUUAUAUGUAAUAUA